AUGGCAGCAACAGGGAGGGCGGCGGCGCUAUUACAGCCGGUGACAUUUGUAACGGGCAACGCCAAGAAACUCGAAGAAGUCCGCGCAAUACUCGGCAACUCCAUUCCCUUCCGUUCCCUCAAGCUCGAUCUGCCGGAACUACAAGGAGAGCCUGAAGACAUUUCCAAAGAGAAGGCUCGAUUAGCUGCUAAAGAGGUGAGUGGGCCAGUACUCGUGGAGGAUACCUGCCUUUGUUUCAAUGCCCUCAAGGGCCUCCCAGGGCCUUACAUCAAGUGGUUUCUUCAAAAGCUUGGUCAUGAAGGUCUGAACAAUUUAUUGAUGGCAUAUGAGGAUAAAUCGGCAUAUGCUCUCUGUGUAUUCUCUCUUGCUCUUGGGCCAAAUGCUGAUCCAAUUACCUUUUUGGGAAAAACACUGGGAAAAAUAGUUCCUCCAAGGGGACCAAAUGAUUUUGGCUGGGAUCCAAUUUUUCAACCCGAUGGCUAUGACCAAACUUAUGCUGAAAUGCCCAAGGAAGAGAAGAACAAAAUUUCUCACCGUUCCCGGGCUCUUGCUUUGGUGAAAUCCCACUUUGCUGAGGCUAAAUAUACUUUCGAAACCGAACCAAGUAUCCAACAGAAAUGGAUGAGGCUGAGAAAUCUUGGCCUUGGACAGAAUAUGGAGAAAAACAAGGAUUUGAACAACGCUUCAGCGCCUGCUCCCAGCAUGCCGCUGUUGAACUUUCGACUGGAGCAGGCCGAGGUUGCACAACAAUGGCGAUAA